GGUGGUUCUUUGUCUCUUCCUUUCAUGCUUGCAUCUCUGCUCCGGCACAGUCCUGCGCAUACAGACUCUUUUUUGUGAACAAGUCAUCGUCGUUGUGUCGUUACACUUUUCGAAAGAGCACAAUCUGUACAAGUCAAAGUCCCUUCAAUAGCGAGACCUCGGGAAUCCCAGAUAGUGGUUCACAGCACAGAAUAUCUUUGUGGAUUCCAUUCGUCCCCUUGUUUUCACCCUGCUCGGCUAUACUCUGCACAAGAAACGGAGAUGCUGCUGAUCGAUACGGAGACUCUGGCACUCGAAUCCAUCGUCUAUCCUGCCCCAGGAUCCUACGCCAUCCUCUCGCAUACCUGGGGGAAAGAAGAGAUCAACUUUCAAGAAUGGAAAUGCAUCGAAUCCGGAGGCCCCGAGGCGGACAAGCUCAAGACAAAAUCGGGGUACGCAAAGAUCGAAAUGACGUGCCGCAUAGCAAAGGCAGACGGGAUGAAAUAUGCCUGGAUCGACACCUGUUGCAUCGACAAGAGAAGCAGCGCAGAGCUGUCGGAAGCCAUCAACUCCAUGUUCAAAUGGUACCGGGACUCCCAGAUCUGCUACGCCUAUCUGUCAGACCUAGAAAAUGCUUCGGACCUGGGUCAGCUUCAAGCCUGCCGUUGGUUCACCAGAGGUUGGACGCUUCAGGAGCUGAUUGCCCCGCAAAAGGUCCGCUUCUACGACAAGUGGUGGGUUGAGGCCGGCACCAAGGCCACAUUUCAAGAGCUGCUGGCGAGAAUCACUCGGAUCGACUCGGACGUCCUCGUCAACGGCCAAAAUCUGGACUUUGUCCCGGUCGGCAGGAAAAUGUCUUGGGCGGCGCCGAGGGAAACCAGCCGGGUCGAGGACAUUGCAUACUGCCUCCUGGGUAUUUUCAACGUCAACAUGCCGCUGCUCUAUGGGGAAGGGGACAGGGCGUUUCUCCGGCUCCAGGAAGAGAUCCUCAGGGAACACAACGACCUGAGUCUGUUCGCGUGGCAAAACACCUCGGGAAAGUCGCUGUAUCGCGGCAUCUUCGCGGAAUCUCCCUCGGAGUUCUCGGACUGCUGCGACGUGAAAGCACCACAUGAGAGACAGAGUCUCGGGAACGAGGUCUCGGUUACCAGCAAUGGACUGCGUGCUGAGGGGAUCUUCCUCCCCGGGCAAGUCGAUUGCUGCAUUCUGGACCUGGGAUGUUGUCGCAGCGGUGCCUCUUCCCACCCUGAAUGGCUGUACGUCCAACUCAAAAAGGUGGGAGAGACGUUCGUCCGGGUCCUGCCGAAACACAUCACCGCCGAGAAAUCGCGGGCGCUGUGGUGGCAGGGCAGCAGACGAACAGUCCAUGUCCGCAAAAGCGUCCACGGCCAACAGCUGACCGAGGCGAACUACCGCAUAUCCAGCGUGACGAUGCAGUUUGCACAGCCUCUCCGGAGCCAGAUGAACCUCUGCGACGUGCUGCCUCUGCAGCGUUGGGAGCCCGAAACCACGCGAUUCUUCGGGUUCGAGUCCGCCAACUUUGUCGGCAUCGUGCCUUUCAUUUUCGAGACACUCCCUCCGGCCCCUCGACUGCGAGAGCGUCUCGUGCUCCUGUGUGGUGUUCACAAGUCUUUCAUCCGAAGCUGGAGGCUCGACUCGUGGGCGGCCAUUUUCCAGGAGUCUGGUACAACCGACGAGGUGUCGUCGGCUCUGGUUGCACUGGCUCAUGGGGACGACGAAGCUCUUUCCAAAGGGUGUCGACAGAAUGCCAUCAAGGACGUGCUAUUUGCCCAUUUUUCAGACUCCUACGGAGUCUUGAGGGGUCUUGACAAGAGAAACUCGGUCACCAUCCAAGAUCGGGCCACCCGGGCGCAGUACAUUCUGUCCCUGGAGAUGCACGAUGUGCCCGUGGGGGAUACCUGGAGAGCCACGACGACGACCGUUAACUACGAGGUGGUGGAUGUACCCGUGGAGAAGGCCCGAGUCUCGAAGGCAAUGGUGAAGUCCGAGGUCAAGAAGGUUGAUCACCCUCUCGUGCGGAUAGAUUCUAUCAAGCCAAGAGCCACCGCUGUGGGUGUGGUGUAGAGGCGUUCUUGUCAAAGGAGACGUAUUUGCAGCAUCCUUCUUUUG